AUGGAUAGUGACUGGAAAUUGCACAAAAGGAUCAUCAACUUUUGUACAAUUACUAGUCACAAAGGAGAGGAGAUUGGAAGGGUAGUAGAGCAGUGUUUGAGGCAAUGGGAGAUCACCAAAGUGUUUACAAUCACAGUAGACAAUGCUAGUGCUAAUGACUUAGUUAUGGCAUACAUGAAGAGAAGGUUGACCAGUUACAAGACUUUGAUGUUUGAGGGAGAGUUUUUACAUUUAAGAUGUGCAUGCCACAUUAUAAAUUUGAUAGUUAAGGAUGGUCUGAAGGAGUUACAAGAUGGGAUUGCUGCUAUAUGGAACUGUGCCAAGUAUGUUAGGAGUUCAUCAAGUCGUCUUGACAAGUUCAGGGAGUUUGCUGUUUUGGAACAGUGCAGGGCAAAUGCCAAUGUUCCAUUAGAGGUAGUCACAAGAUGGAAUAGCAAAUACCUUAUGCUUGAAGCUGCACUUAAGUAUGAAGCUGUGUUCGGCAGAAUGGGUGAAGAAGACUGCAAUUUUAAAGCUUAUUUCGACGAAACGGACAGAAAUGGCAAAGCCAGGGUUGGACCACCAUCUAGUGAGGAUUGGAGGAGUGCAGAAGCAUUUUGUUUGUUUUUGAAGAAGUUUUAUGAAGCUACUGUAAAGCUGAGCGCUUGGAAGAAGAUCACUGCCAAUAUAUUAUUUGUUGAAAUGGUUACAUUGCAGACUGAGAUUGACAAGGCUAUCAUUGCAAAAGACCCUAUUUUGAAGAGGGUUGCCACUUCAAUGAAGGCCAAGUUCAACAAAUAUUGGGGAAGCUUCGAAUCGGUGAACAAGAUAAUCAUGAUAGCUAAUGUUCUUGACCCAAGAUACAAGCUGCAGUGGGCUAAAGUAGCAAUGCAAAAAGUCAAUGCAAGCUACGAGACAAUUCAUUCAAUACAAGGGGACUUAAAGAAAAUUUUGCUGAAGAUGUAUGAUGAAUACAAAGCCAAUGAAGGCAGCAACGAAGCUGAACCGUACAUGGGAGAAGAUCUAGGAUUCGAAGGGGAUGACUUGGAGAAUCUUGAUGAAGUCAGCAAGCAAAUAGCAAGGGAGAGGAUGGCAGAGCAGUCACAAUGCAUACGAAAUGAGGUUGAUCAGUAUUUAUCGGAUAGGUAUGUUAGCCUCCUUGCAAAGAAUUUUGAAAUUCAUAAGUGGUGGAAGGCCAAUGAGUUAACCUAUCCAAUCCUAUCAAAGUUAGCAAAGAAUGUUUUUGCUGUUCCUUGCUCAACGGUGCCUUCGGAGAAUGCAUUUAGUUUGGGAUCAAGAGUGGUGGAUCCUUUUAGAGCUUCAUUGACACCAAAAAUGGUGGAAGCCCUUGUUUGCAGUUCGGAUUGGUUAAAAUCCGAUCCCCCAAACUUCUACAAAGAUCCCACUGACGAUGACCUUGAAAUGUAUCACUCUUUGGAGGAACUUGAGAGGGAAAAUGCUUUUAAUCAAGGAAUGGAGUCAACAUUGACCAAUCUCAGCUCUACACAAGCUGAUGCAUAG